UCUGGAGCAAAACCAAGUGCAAACAUGGAAGGAUCACAGCAACCAGAGCACCUACCGUCUGUCGGGGAUGGUCUCUCACCUCGGGGAGAGCAUCAACACCGGCCACUACGUCAGUGACGUCGCUGGAGAGGACGGCGCCGGAUGGUUGACCCUCAACGACGCCCGUGUGACGCCCGCGGAGACGCCGGUCCUGAGGACCAGAGAGAAGACCGCCUACAUGUUGUUUUACGUCCUAAGUGGAGCAGAAGAGGGAAGCCAUGUCCCACUGGCUCAGAACCAGGAGCCAUCUGGAGCUGAGAGGGACUGACACCUGUGAGGCCCGGGAGAGCGUUUGAUUGGUGGAGCCUCUACAGCCCGCUCUGUGGGCCGCACCCUGCAGCCCCCCUCUACAGCUGAGGCCCACCUUUAAACGCCCCCCUAGGGGCCAC